AUGACAUCACAAGCAGUGCUAUUGACCAUUGGAUUUUUGAUGGUUUUAGGAGGAGCUACCUUCAUGAACUAUGAGGGCAAUGUUAGUACCAUAGAUCAUGGAUUCACAGCUGAUUUUGCAUCCUUCAUUAAAAGCUUCGACACAAAAUAUGACUUCAUUAGAUCAGAUAUCACAUGGUCAACAUAUGGUGGUGCUGAAACUAGACCCACAACUGCUCCUUCCAAAUAUCCAAUUGUUUUCAUCCAUGGGAACUCAGACAUUGGUGCAGGAAAUGGUGGAACUGUUGGAUGGUAGACAGGAUUCACUACACUUAUUGAAUAUUUAUAAAAUUAUGGUGGAUACACUAAAGCUGACUUGUAUGUUACAACAUGGGGCCCUGCAAAUCCUAACUUAGCCUCUUAAAACAGUCAUAGUGAAAAAUAUGUCAUGACAACCAGAAGGUUCAUUGAAGGUGUUCUUGCAUACACCAAAGCUAGCAAAGUCAUUGUGAUUGGUCAUUCAAUGGGAGUCACUUUGGCUAGAGCAGCCAUUAUUGGUGGAACAUAUUCUGAAUCUUUGUUUGCUAAAUUCACAGUUGGAGAUCCCAUUACAAAUUCUAUUGCAGCAUUCUUUGGAUUAGCAGGUGCCAACUAUGGAUUAGUAGAUUGCACUUAUGCAACAGGAUUACCAACAUGCAGCACAUACAAUGGAUUCUCACCAUCAUCUCAAAUGUUGACUGCAUUGAAUUCUAAAACUCACAGAGAGGGGGCAAAAGUGUAUUCCUUCUGGUCACCAAAUGACGAUAUCAUCAAAUACAACUGCAUUGUUAAUCAAAAAAAUACAUGCAUUGUCCCAGGAAGUGAUGGAUCAUAUUAAUAAAGUGGAUAUACUCACUUCGACGUUAGAGACAAAUUUGCAGCCGACAUACUAAGUCUUAUUCAGAAAUUAUGAUGAUGAUAUUAUUUAUACUUAAAUAAUAUAAAUAUCAUAUUUA